GGGAGAGAGAGAUGCCUGUUAUUUUGACGUCACUAAUGGGUCAAUUGUUGUCUUUUAUUGUCAAAGGGGAGCAGAAAGGUAUCCACUGCCAAGGAAAAAUGGGAGCAAAAAUUAAAUAAAGUUUCCCCCAAAUUUCAGGGAGUCUUUAAAGUGUGGCAGCUAGAAGUCAACUCCAGAACCCUUAGUGGCCACAAUGGCUUUCAUUCUGUAGCUGUUUUUGACUCUUAUGCUGUAAUAAUGAACUGGUGAACACUAGCAAUUAGUUCCCUUAAGUGUGCCCAAGCAUGUUGAUAAUUGCACCUUACAUUUACAUAGGGCUUAGUUACAAAGUAUUACAACUGUUCUCCCUUUUGAUCUUCUGAACAACCUGGUACAUACACAGGCAGGUAUGAUUAGCCCCACAUUAUGGAUGAGGAAACUGGUGCCAGAGAGGCUAAGUCAACUGGCCUACACCACUCAGUUAAGACUGGUAGAGAUAGGUCUUCAACCCUCUUGCCUCAACUCCUCCAGCAAAUGUUCUGGCAACUUCUGAGGAUGAGAGCAAUAGGUAGGUGUAUUUCUUUUUGUUGCUCUUCAUCUAACUUAGUGAAGUCCUGGAUUGGGUCAGUUAAUCUUUUUGGAUAUCAUUGUGCCAAUCUCUAUAAUGGGGGAAUAAACACCACCCAUCGAUGAGUGCAUUUGGAGCUUGUGAGGAUUCCAAAUUUAAAAAACAACUUCAGAGUGAAGAUCUUGGAAAGGCCCCAUGUGAUCCUCACCAGUUUUCCAUGAAAUAAGUUAAAUAUCACCUCUCCUGACCACCCUAUCUAAAAUGGUACCUCUGCUCCCUUAUAACCAUGCUUUUAUUUUUCUUCACAUUAUUCAUUGACACAUAUUGGUUUGUUUAUAGUCUAUUUGAGUCCUCCCACAAGAAUGUAAUAACCACGAGAGCAUGGACUUGGUCUGUUUUCUGUAUGCCUGAAUUCUCAACAAGUAGAAUAAUGCCUGGUGCAAAUACUGUUUGGAAGAAGGAAGGGAGAAAGAAAGGAAGGCAGGGAGGGAAGAAGGGAAGGAGGGGAGGAAUCUGAGCUGUGUAAUGAUUGAAAGUAAGGUCGAAUUGGAUGAUUGAAAGAUUUACACAAAUCUUCCUUGCCCUCUGACAGAGGGGUCUCAUGGUCUGGUUUCCUUAUACUUAUUUCUGGCUUAGCCACUCAGUGGCUUGAAACCAAUCACUAAAGCCUCCUUGAGUAUCACCAUGGGUGAAAUGGGCUCAAUAACCUCUGUCCAAACAGUAUUCAUAAGUCAUUGUAUUAUGCUGUAUGCCUCUGUAUUGUAACAGCCUGUGAGCAGCUUGAGGACUGAGGCUGGUCCCCUUCACUGUUGUAUCUCCAGUACUUAGCAGAAAGCCUGGUGUAUACAGAUGUAAAAGAAAUGUCUAUUGAAUGAGUGAAUAUAUAAGAGGAAACAAAUCACAGGGGUCGUAAUCCCCUUCCAAAGUUAAGGUCUCCAUUUGAAAAUAAGCCUGGUGCAUGGCACAUAUAUUCCCCUUUCAACUGAACCCCAUCUCUUCAGAGACAAGGAGGUGCUAAACAAUUGGUUCCCUACUUAAGAAAAGAAAAGGCGUGCUUAGACUCCAGAUCCAGUUCCAUGCCAUGUUUUGGAAUUUGUGUUUACGUCUGCCUUCAUCCCUGUCCUUUCCGCUCCAGCAUAAGCAAAAUUAUAACCCUGCACACUGACUUGCAUGCAAUUAUCAGAGACCCGGUGCUCCUCUGUUGAGGGACGUGGCCCCUGAGACCGCUGUCUGUGAAUGACAAAUCAAAAGUCAGGGUUGCAGAAUCAGCUGGACUUUCCUGCUCAUUUGCAGCAGAGGGAGGAAGGAGAGAAUGAAAGAUUCUGAAAAUAAAGAUUGCAGGGAGACAAGGGUGGAGGUGACGACACCAAUUAAGAGGCUACUGCAGUAAUUCAGGUGCCUCAUCACCAGACAUGGAGCCCAGCUACGGGGGCGGCCUCUUUGACAUGGUGAAAGGAGGUGCUGGGAGACUCUUCAGCAACCUAAAAGACAACUUGAAAGACACCCUCAAGGACACCUCUUCCAGAGUUAUACAAUCUGUUACCAGCUACACGAAGGGAGACUUAGACUUCACUUAUGUUACCUCCAGAAUUAUUGUGAUGUCUUUUCCUCUGGACAACGUUGACAUAGGAUUCAGGAAUCAGGUGGAUGAUAUUCGAAGCUUUUUGGAUUCCAGACAUCUUGACCACUACACGGUGUACAAUCUGUCACCCAAGUCUUAUCGAACUGCCAAGUUUCACAGCAGGGUUUCAGAGUGCAGUUGGCCCAUUAGGCAGGCCCCCAGUCUGCACAACCUCUUCGCCGUGUGUCGGAAUAUGUAUAACUGGCUACUACAGAAUCCCAAAAACGUCUGUGUUGUCCACUGCUUGGAUGGGCGGGCAGCAUCGUCAAUUCUGGUUGGUGCUAUGUUCAUUUUCUGUAAUCUCUACUCCACUCCUGGACCAGCUGUUCGAUUGUUAUAUGCAAAGCGGCCAGGCAUAGGACUUUCGCCUUCCCACAGGAGAUACCUGGGCUAUAUGUGCGACCUCCUAGCAGACAAACCCUACCGCCCUCACUUCAAACCUCUCACGAUUAAGUCGAUCACUGUCAGUCCGGUCCCUUUUUUUAACAAACAGAGAAAUGGAUGUCGCCCUUACUGUGAUGUGUUAAUUGGAGAAACCAAAAUAUAUACGACCUGUGCAGAUUUCGAACGAAUGAAAGAAUACCGUGUCCAAGAUGGGAAAAUCUUCAUUCCCUUGAGCAUCACUGUGCAAGGAGAUGUGGUCGUUUCCAUGUAUCACUUGAGAUCAACCAUCGGGAGCCGGCUACAGGCCAAGGUGACCAACACUCAAAUAUUCCAGCUGCAGUUUCAUACUGGAUUCAUACCACUGGAAACAACAGUUUUAAAGUUCACCAAGCCUGAAUUGGAUGCAUGUGAUGUACCAGAAAAAUAUCCUCAGCUAUUUCAGGUGACUCUGGAUGUAGAACUACAGCCCAAUGACAAAGUGGUAGACCUGACCCCACCAUGGGAACAUUACUGCACAAAGGAUAUCAAUCCCAGCAUCCUCUUUUCUUCUCACCAGGAGCAUCAAGAUACUAUAGCCUUAGGAGGACAGGCUCCAGUAGAUAUCCCUCCAGACAACCCCAGGCAUUUUGGGCAAGGCGGCUUCUUUUCCACUCUCUGUUGGCAAGAUCAGAAAUCGGAGAAAUCAUUCUGUGAGGAAGACCACGCUGCCCUAGUGAAUCAGGAAAGUGAGCAAUCGGACGAUGAACUUCUGACCCUUUCCAGUCCACACGGCAGUGCCACUGAUGACAAACAUCAUGGAACCAAAAAGCCCAGCAAAAGGCAGCAGGAGCCAGCUGCCCCUCCACCCCCCGAGGAUGUGGACCUUCUGGGCUUAGAAGGGUCUACAGUGAGUAAGAACUUCUCUGCACCAGUGGCUCCUCCCACCAAUUCUGAACUGCUCAGUGACCUGUUCGGGGGUGCAGGUGCGGCUGGCCCUGCCCAGGCUGGACAGCCUGGGGUGGAAGACGUGUUUCAUCCAAGUGGACCUGCAUCUGCCCAGUCAACACCACGCCGGUCUGCCACUUCCACCUCUGCAUCUCCAACUCUAAGGGUGGGGGAAGGUGCCACCUUUGACCCAUUUGGAGCACCUUCUAAACCAUCGGGUCAGGAUUUGCUGAGCUCUUUUCUGAACACAUCCAGUGCUUCCAGUGACCCUUUUCUCCAGCCUACGAGAAGUCCUUCACCUACAGUGCAUGCUUCAAGCACACCUGCUGUGAACAUUCAGCCAGAUGUUUCAGGAGGUUGGGACUGGCAUGCUAAACCAGGAGGUUUUGGAAUGGGAAGCAAGUCAGCUGCCACCAGCCCUACAGGAUCCUCGCAUGGCACCCCCACCCAUCAAAACAAACCCCAGACUCUGGAUCCUUUUGCUGACCUUGGGGCACUAGGUACAAACCUAACAGGUAGUUCGUCAUUUGCCAGCAAACCCACCACACCAACUGGAUUGGGUGGGGGAUUUCCACCUCUCAGCUCACCACAGAAAGCUUCUCCGCAGCCUAUGGCUGGAGGAUGGCAGCAGGGAGGUGGCUACAGCUGGCAGCAGACACAGUCCAAGCCACAGCCUAGCAUGCCGCACUCCUCUCCCCAGAACCGGCCCAACUACAACGUGAGCUUCUCAGCCAUGCCUGGGGCCCAGAAUGAACGUGGGAAAGGACCGACCAAUUUGGAAGGGAAACAAAAAGCAGCUGACUUUGAAGACCUACUUUCUGGUCAAGGCUUCAAUGCACACAAAGACAAAAAGGGGCCUCGAACAAUAGCUGAGAUGAGAAAGGAAGAAAUGGCGAAGGAAAUGGAUCCUGAGAGACUGAAGAUUCUGGAGUGGAUUGAAGGCAAAGAGAGAAAUAUCAGAGCACUUCUCUCCACGAUGCACACUGUGCUGUGGGCUGGGGAGACCAAAUGGAAGCCGGUUGGCAUGGCAGACCUGGUAACGCCAGAGCAGGUGAAGAAGGUGUACAGGAAGGCUGUGCUGGUGGUGCAUCCAGAUAAAGCUACUGGGCAACCCUAUGAACAAUAUGCAAAGAUGAUUUUCAUGGAGCUCAAUGAUGCCUGGUCUGAAUUCGAAAAUCAAGGCCAAAAGCCCUUGUAUUAAUUUUCCAUGUCUGCUGCAGACCUGUGCAAAUGCUUAGUGUGUGUCAUAAUUCUGAGGUUUUCAAAGAUGAACCAAAAACUCUGGUAACACGUACCAGUACUAAACUGUUAAUUACUUGUGAGUUAAUUCCUCAUUAAUAAGGAAUGUGGUUGUUUGUUUUUUCAAGUCCCUGCCGUAAAAGAUCCAAAGCAGGACAGGACCUUUUAGUUAGAUGACCUUGCAGAGUUACAACGUUCCAGCCUGCCCUUUGCAGAGCCCUCUCAGCAUAUUGUGGGGAAAUGGGAAAUAAAGGCCACCAAAAGCAUAACCCAUCUCAUUUUCUGGAGAUACAAUUAAUGAGCAAAGUUAUGGUAAUAGGAUUACAUGAUGGAUUUUAACUCAUGGUUAUUAGAUUUUCGUGGAAAGAUAUAAUUUGAGCAACUGAUUUAGACUCCAGGAAUAUAACCACCAAGUUGGUUUUUUUUUAGUGGAAAUUUCCUAUGGUCUUUAGAGUAACACUGUAUACUUCUUUCCGUCAAGAGGACUGACAGAUGCAAAAGAACUUGAGUUGUGGGAAGUGACUGUACUAUAAUCCGGUGAUGACCACCAACUCUUCCUGGAUAAGCUAAAAAUUAGUGAAAAUAUAGGCUAAAGAAAAUAGGGACUCUGAGGAGGUAGAAAUCUUUAUUCCCGGUCAGAAAGUUGGGCUACUACCUUCCUUUCCCUUUAGAAAACUGGUUGCUCAGUGAAAAAAGUCUCAACACCAUAACAACAACCUGGUUUGAAAGAAAUGUCUAAAUUGCUAUCAGGCUUAAUGCUCUUCCUUUCGCUUAGCCAAGAAAUGUUCUUAGCUUGUUGUGAAGCAGUUUGGCACAUUCACAAGUGGUCGGGACAGGUAUCUGGUAUGGACUGAGCAUCCUCUAGGUGUGCAAGUAGCUGUGGUGAGAGAAGAUGAGACAACACUGAGCAUGAGUAACAGUCGGGUGCAGCGGCAGGGAGAGAGCCGUGCUACCUGUACACCGAGUCAGGUGGCUUUUCAGGAUUUCCAUGUUCCUCUCCCGCCAGGUGAAACUGGAUCCCUUGGAUUAUUUCAUUGGGGUUUAUUGCUUUAAAAGUCGUUGGCAAUCCCCAGGACCAACACCUCACACAGGGAUAUCUGUAAAAGCAAAGCAAGAGCGAAGCCUUUGCAGAAUUCAGACUGGUUGGAUUUUAGUUCAGUGUUUGGCUGUUUCUGGUUUUGAGGGUAAGCCACUGUUAUCCCGUGAGUUUAGUAGAGCUCUUCGGUGCGCAUGCACACAGUGUGGGUAGUACACAUGUGCAGAGCAGAGGGGCAGACAGAUUUCGUUACUAACUUGAAAAGGUUCAUGCUCAAUAUUGUGAAAAGCUUUCAAAAAUUUUUUCAAAGACAAUCAUUUUUUGUUUCUAUUUUAAUUUUCUUAUGGCAGACUCUACUAGAAAAGCAGCAUGUUAAAAAUGCUUUAUGUUCCAAAUUAGAAAAAAGAAAAAAUAUUCUUUAUGUUUUAUAUAGAAUUUUCUUUCUUUUUUUCAUUAAAAGUGUUCUUUUUUUAAUUUUACUUUUUACUCACCAUGUGAAACUCACAGAAAAUGUUCUUUUAAAAUACACAGCUGUCAACUCUUCAAGGUAACCAUAACAAACUAGGUGUUAUUUAUUAACGUAUUAUAAAAUAAUAUUUGAUUCAGUAUGUGCUUGUCUUAUUUAAAAUUGGAAUGUGAGACAUGUUGCCGUGACUUGUUUUUUUCCUUCAUUCACAAUUGUAGAUAUUAUGUGAACUACAGUAUAUAAUGAUAAUAAUUAAAAGGAUAUUAUGUGAAUGUCACAUACAUUUUGAAAUGAUAGAAUUCUAUUAGCUUUGAAUCAUGUUGGGAUAAGUCAUCAAUGUUCACAGUUUAAAACAUCAUUAAACAUUAUGUAAGUAGCAAUGAGAAAGAAUCUUACCUAACUUAACUCUGGGUUCGCCCAUCUCUUUCCCGGAUACAUUAUAACUCGGGGCCCCUGUUUAUCUCAAAACUCUUAGCAUACGCAGGCCAACAGGUUUUUGCAUUCGUUUUAAAUAUCUGGUUGUGACAGAGUUUCUUGUUGAUCAAAUUCACUGUUCCAUUCGUAUUUAUUG